GGCCUUAGAACUCAUUCUCUCUCACAGGUAACAGCUUACAUCCCAAACGCACCUGUUCAACUCGAAGAUUUUGCCCUCAUCCCAAAUGGAGCUGUUUUUGAAAAUCACCCCCACACUUCUUCUCCUGGUCUUCACCUUCCACCCAGUGCUCGUCCAGGAACUCGCAGAGACCACAAUCACUCCACGGCGGACCAUGCCACAGUCCUGGCUCCGAGAAAAGGUUCCCUUAAAGAACCUUGACCCCAAUCCUCCGGUGAAUGACUGGCCCACAAGCGGUGAACAGACACCAGAAGAAAGUGGUGUGGAAUCGGGCAACGACAUGAGUGGAGGGACUCCUUCUGGAUCUAUGUACAUCAUGGAGCCAGAAAAUAUGAAUGAUACUAUGGAAUACACAACCCAACCUCCGACUCUUUUAAAUGAGACUAACUUGGCACAGGAAAAUCAAGACACCAAUGUUUCAACAACUACGGAAUUGCCUACCACCAAUGAGCACAUCACCACUGUUAAUAUGGAUAACUCCACAGCAGUUCCAGAAAUUGUUGACGUAGUUCCACAAAAUUCAACAAUUAAUUCAAACGGCACGGAUGUACAAACCACCACUUCAGCUCCAGAGAAAAACGACACAACCACAACGGAUUCCGGCGUACAGUUUAGCAAUGACACGGAAUAUGACGCAACAACAACCAUAGGAGUACCGCAGUCCACCACGCAGGAGCCCAUCUGGCAGGAGUCUACCACAGCUACGCCAAUUGCAACCAUCCCACCUGAGGAAACCACCACAACCGUUCUGCAGACCACCACUUCUGCUCCUGUCACACCGGACCGCUCCAACCUCUCGGACAAGGGGGCAGCAGAAUUCGGCGAGACUGCAGAAAGAGGGUUUGCGUCAGAGUCAGAGAAACGGAGGAGGAAGAGUGCAUGGGGAGCCGUGUUGGGGACCUUUGUUGCCAUAGCGGUGGUGGGCCUGGUGGCCUAUGUCAUCUUGAAGAAGAAGCACCACAAGGCCUUCUCACACCGCAAACUGGAGGAGGAGUUCCCCUCAGACCCAGUCCUGCGUCUGGACAAUAUCGAGCCUCUGGACCUAAACAUCGGCAGAGCGGCCUACUUCAACCCAGCCCUCCAGGCGGACAACAUCCAGAUGAGCUCCUUCCCCAAACACUAAACUCCUCACUGAGCACCCUAUACCCCAGCACCCAAGAACUGCAAACUCUCUCCACGUGCCCUAUACCCUAGCUCCCAAGAACUGAAUCCUUUCACCUUGGAAGCCUAAACCCCAGCAUUCAAGAACUGAAACCUUUCACCAAGGCACUUUCUACCCUACCACCCAAGACCUAAACCAUCUCACCCUGGCAGAGCACCCAAACACCCAAGAACUGUACCUUUACCCCAGGCACCCUACACCCUAUCGCUCAAGAACUGCACUCUUUCUUUAGGCUUCCUACACCCCAGCACCCAGGCACUUUACAUUCUACCACCCAAGACUUGCACCUUUUAACCGCAGCACCCUACACCCUAGUGUCCAAGACCUGAACCCUCCAGCCUGGAAACUACGCCCUAGCACCUUAGACCCUCACACAGGCAUCCUAAACCACAGAACUCAAAAAAUGACCCCUCUCAGCCAGGCACCCUGAACCCUUGCUCCCAAAAACUGCAACCUGCACCCUAACACCCAAGAACUGAAUCCUGUCACCCUUUACCCAGCCCUUUGCACCCUUUGGACAAACCCUGCUAGUGCUUCCCAUCUUUGGAACCGGCAUGGAGCGCAUCCAAAGGUGUGGACAUGAACUGCUGAAUGUUAUGAAUGGAAAACCAUAAAUGACUAGAAGAUAAAAUGAUAUUAAAUAUACACUGCAAAAAGGGAAUAUAUGAUGUAGUUAAAACACCCAGGGCUGGACUGGCAAGCUGGAGCAUCGGGAGUUUUCACGGUGGGUUAAGGGACUUUUUGGGACGGUCACUGUCAGACUUGUGCCCAACACUAUGCACAGUCCUGAUGUAACACUUAAGUGGUCUUAUUCAGCUUUCUCUGGCCUUAUACAUUCUACCGUGAGUUCACCAAGGCCCCACGCACAUGUGGCCAUACACACAUGUGGCCCUGGCUCAGCCCUUUGUCACCCGGGUCGCUCUCAGACUUACUGCUGGUAGUGAGCCUGUUCAUUGAAAUUACGCUGAAGUCCAGACAUUUUGUGAACACUAAGAAUUUUCCAAGCCCAUUCUUCAUUCUUCAACGCAGUUUUUAUUUUCCAUCGCUAGACCUCUAUUUUUAGAUAAUUGAAAAAAUACGCUAAUUUUCAUGUGGCACAAUCAAAGUGUUUACUGCAGAGGAGCGCAGCAUGUUUCUUACGUGAUUUCAGCAAAGAAGCAAAAGCUGUUAUGUGUGUGUGAAGCCUGUGGUGUUUAGGGGCCCCCUCAGAAAACCUGCUGUCACUGCUGUGCUCAGACUGUGACUCUGCACCGUGAGCUUACAGGGGCACUCUGGGCACUGUGGGUCCUGCAGGGGGACUUGUUAAACUUAUUUACUUUAUAUAGUUGUAGUUAAUUGAUUUCAUUUCUGCCAGCAACAAUACAUAUCAUGGAGAAUCUAAAAAUCUAUUUUGAAUCAAGUCUCCCCAGUUAUAACCAAAUUAUGCAUUAAUAUAAACUUUUUCUGAAUCGCUGCGAUCAGGGGGCUGGUCCAGAUCACAAACCCCAGGGGCCAGUUUCUUCUCCCAGUCCAGCCCUGUUCACACCUUCUGAAUAGGUCUGAUGAUGUGAGUUGUUUUAAAAAGAGGAUAUUAUGCAAAAUUGACUUUUUGGAGCUUUAUACCACGUUGUUCCUUGUAUGUUCUAUAUGUCAUCCAUGCAUGUUUGUGUAAGUUAGCGAUCUUAUCUGGGUACGAUUUGAAAUAGUAAGAUUCUGUCCAGUGUACAACUUACAAUCCUACAUCAUCUAUUCUCCUGCACGGCAAUUUUCCAUAAAUAUACAAAAGCACGAUACGAAACAAUACUCUACAACUUCACAAACCUGAUGUGAUGUACAGUAGUUUCAUUAGCGAAAUCCAUGUUGAUUGUAAUGUGAUAGCGGUCUGAAGGAGGAGUGACAAAAACUAUGAUGUUCUAAAUAUGUAAUGUGUUUGCAAUUAAUAGCUCAUAGAAGUAUAAUAACCCCUCUUUAAAGUAUUUAUUUACGGUUAAUAAUCAAAAUGAUCACAUGGUUCAUUUUUUAUCUGAUUCCAAACUACAUUUGACCUGCUUUGUUAUAAUAAUUCAGACUCAAUAAUUUAAGUAAAACAUAUGUGUAAAUAAUUCCAAACUUAUAAAAACAAAACUCAAAUCAAGAUUAUUAUUAUCACAAUAUAUUACAUCACAUGAAAUUUUAACGAAGUCGAGACAUCGCUUGUUUUGCAGUGUGAGAAAUGUAUUUGAUCAGCCAAAAUGAAACGUCAGCCAUUUGAGUGUCUUGCCAAAGUGUCUUUACUAAUGAAGCUUUGUUCAAUUUACUGUUUUGUCCCUCUUACGGAAUUCAAUUCAUAAAAUGUCACAUUAAGGGAAGGUUGAUAAAAGGAACAUUUUAAUUUAAUUGUAAUUUAAUAUUUUGUAUUUUUAUAUUUUUUGGCUCUCAAUUAGAAGUAAAGUAUAGUUAAAGAGAUUGAAAAGAGGUAAUUACAGAGAUUUUAUCCAUUUUAUCUGCUUGUAUCCACUGCUUAAUUGCUUUCCUUGGAAUAUUAUACAGUAUGGCAUUAAACAUGUCUAGCUCCAUGGAGACAGGCCAAGUCACAGUAAGGAUGCAUAUUUUGGAAGGUAUUUUAGUAACAAUGGAAACACCCAUAAUAAGAAACAUGUAAUAGAUAUGUUUAAAGCCAUUGUGCGCAAUAACAUCUCCAUGGAGACAUAGGCAAGAAUAUGGGGACAAGCAGUUUACAUAGCACAGCUUUAAUGACGUGAACACAACCUAUUUAUUUAACGUCUUUGCACAGCAUCAGUUCUGCUCUGGAUGCAAGUUUUCAUUGAGAAUAAUCAUGCCCCUCGGUGAAGCAGAACAGAGCAAUAGGAAUGAACAAGCAGCUGCAGCCAUAGCCACAAUGAAGAGUUUGAUUCCACAUUGGCUCUAACACAAGGCAAAGGAGAAUCAAGUCAAAUUCUGCUCCUGGUGAAUGGAAGCCCAGUUCAUUUUUUACAGCACAGAGAAAGAUGAGGCUGUUUUGUUAUUCAUAGAAAGCGGAUUUUGUAUUCAGUGAGAUUGUUUUGUACAGCAUCCUAGCAUAAACAAGAGAAUGAACCAGAUCCAUGAGCUUUUCAAAAAUGUUUGUUGUUUUUAAAAAGUUGGAAUUGAAAGUUGGGGUUGACUUUGACAAAAGAUAAAAGAGUUUGAGGAUCAAUGAGGUGGGAGUGAAUAUGUAGCAGAUAUGUUCCCCUCCACUAUUAAGAUUUGCCUUUUUUAAUUAGAUUUUUUAUUUAUAUAUCUUUUUAUUUUGGCAGUCAGGUGAGGGGAGAGGGGAGAGGGGAGAGGGGAGAGGGGAGAGGGGAGAGGGGAGAGGGGAGGGGCCAGGUGACAGCUACUGGUAAAAUGAAAUGCUCUUAAAGAUGGUAGUUUUAAAGUUUUAGUUUUGUCCUGGUUUGGUCCAUAAAUCAUUACAGAUUUGAUUAUAAAUGGUAUUUGGUUUUGUUGCUGUAAUUUAAAAAAAAUAAAAAUCCUUAUGCUCAUUAUAAUCAUUAAUAUUCUAUACUUUAUUUUCUAAAAAACAGAGGGAAAAGUAUGUGAAAGAAUCUUUUUUGAGCAUUUCUGAAAAGGUAAAAUUAACAAUAACAUUCUUAUAUUCUUCCCUGGCCAAGUCUAUACAUAAUUUAUACCUGACAAAGUUCGGAUUUACCAUUUCAUUUGAAGAUUUUGGGGAAUUUAUUUGGGCUUCUUCUUUAGACUGUAAAUGUGGAGGUUGACUUAAGGUUGACAGAGGGACUUAAUAUUUUUGUACAUACAUGUUAUACUGUAUAGUCAGAAUGAUAAAGUAUAUGCUAAUGAGAACAAAGUACUUUAUAUGAUAGUUACUGUACAAUAAAAUGCUUUGUAGAAAAUGUG